AGGCGCGUGCAGCAGCGCACGCAUCUUCUCAAUCGACACAGCGCGGAUUACUACAACUCCCAGAAACCACCUCGCCGCGCGCAUGCGCCUUUUAGCAAGAAGGCAUUUAAAGACUACAAAUAAGGGACUCGUGAUAGGACGCGGUAUUUUUUUAAGGACUACAUUUCCCAGGUGGUACGGAUCUCGGAAAGGACAUGCGCCGUUGGCUUCUCGAAGGCUUUUAAAUUUUGCGUGCAAAAUGGCCGCGCAGGUCGACUCGGUGCGGGUUAAAGUGGAGGAAAAGCCUAAGGACGGCUUGGAGAAGAAAAAGAAAAAGAAACGCGAGCAUUCGCCGUGUACAGAGAAGCAACCGAGACCGGAGAAAGAGGCGAAAAAGAUUCAACUACACCACCAACAACAACAGCACCACCAUGUUGAACAACAGCGAGCAGCUCAGCAGAAGAAGACUUCACACGGGAUAAAGUUAAGCAGCACAGAGCAGCACCGCAACCAUCACAACAACCACCAGCAGCAGCAGCACGGCACCAACAAGGACGCGGUCUGGACGCCUCGGAAAGCGGCGCCGCUGCCGCACAAACCCGCUCCUUCUCCCGCUCCGCUUUUCACUUUCACUCCGCUUAAAGUAGCGAAGGCCGAAAGCCGCCACAGCACCAAGCCGCAUAAACACCCCGAGAAAGACGUGAAGCUCAAGCCCAAGAAGGAAAACGCAGGAGUUAACGUGAGAGUCGACUCCUGUAAGAAACACGCAGAGCCCAAUAAUGAGAAUGGAAAGCCUCAGACCUUGGAGGAGUACCUACUAAAAAAGAAGAAAAAAAAGAAGAGGCACCGGGAAGAUGAGCAGCGCAGCAAGCGAUUACGGACGUCUGAAAAGGCGAUCCAGACCGACGACUGCUCUUUGUCCACCGACGACAAGACCGUUCACGCCAGCAUUAAAGAAGACAUUUCCGGUCACGUUAGCUCGAAUGAGGGUUCAAGCUCACCUUUCCUCUCGCAUCAGGACCGUUUCAUUCGCAGCUCAUGCCUGAAAACGAGCUCGCGCUUUAGCAGGCUCAUUCAUGAGGAGGUGCAGCCCAAUGGCGGGGCAUCCAUUCUGCAUGCGUAUGCCGACGAACUUUCACUCUUGCAGCCAGAAGAGAAGGAGAGGUUUGCGUGCGAGUUCCUCGAGCUGGCUUUUAGUGAAAUUUCCAAAGGAGCGGCACGUUAUGCACUUUCUGUGGUCCACGGCGCUGCUGCCUACCUCCCUGAUUUUCUGGACUACUUUGCGUUCAACUUCCCCAACACGCCGGUCAAGAUGGAGAUUCUCGGAAAGAAGGACAUCGAGACUACUACAAUCUCAAAGUUUCACUCGCAGGUGAAUCGAACAUACUGCUCUGGGACAUAUCGAGCUGGACCCAUGAGACAGAUCAGCCUGGUGGGGGCUGUGGACGAGGAAGUAGGAGAUUAUUUCCCGGAAUUCCUGGACAUGCUAGAGGAAUCACCGUUCCUCAAGAUGACGUUGCCAUGGGGCACAUUGUCCAGUCUUAAGCUGGACUGCCGCUCUCAGAGUGACGACGGUCCCAUCAUGUGGGUUAGACCAGGAGAGCAGAUGGUUCCCACAGCCGAUUUGCCCAAAUCUCCUUUUAAGAGGCGCAGAUCCAUGAACGAGAUCAAGAACCUGCACUACCUGCCAAGGGCGAGUGAGCCUCGCGAGGUUCUGUUUGAGGACCGGACGAGGGCUCACGCCGAUCACGUGGGCCAGAGUUUUGACUGGCAGAGCACGGCCGCUGUGGGGGUCCUCAAAGCCGUGCAGUUUGGAGAGUGGAGCGACCGGCCGAGGAUAACCAAAGAUGUUGUGUGUUUUCAUGCAGAGGACUUUAACGACGUCGUGCAGAGGCUUCAGCUCGACCUGUAUGAACCACCUGUAUCACAGUGUGUGCAGUGGGUGGACGAUGCGAAGCUGAACCAGCUGCGACGCGAGGGCAUCCGGUAUGCACGCUUGCAGCUAUGCGACGACGACAUCUACUUCAUCCCACGGAACGUCAUCCACCAGUUUAAGACGGUGUCGGCCGUGUGCAGCCUGGCGUGGCACAUACGCCUCCGGCAGUACCAUCCCGUAGAAGCAAACAAACCCAGCUCGCCCGAGCCUAAUAAGCCCGAUAACCCCGUUAACCAGAAGUCGGCCACACCGUACGAACCUCAAGCAGACACUUUGCACCCGGAAAACACACCUUCACUUAACACCAGUGCUGGAGCUCCCUCAGUUCCUCAGGCUUCCCUCCACCCAGCACCAGGUGACUCUCCGAACAGCAGCAGCUCCAGCAACCUUCACUGACUUCUCCCAACGACCUGCAGGUGACUCCAACCACUUUCACCUGUUAAUCCACUUAACAAACCUGACUGACUGACAUUCCAGGAAAGGAUUUAAUCUGUCUGACAAAACCAAGACUCAAAGAGACUUUGACUCUGACAAAUAUCUAAAUAUAUAUAUAUAUUUUUUUGUUUUCUUUUUUAAAAGAAAAGCAUUUUGUUCGAAAAACAACCCCUGUAAGUACUUUAAAAUUUUCUUUUCACUCAGCCAAAGUAUUUAAUUUUAAUAAUAGUUUUUGCUGAUUGUUCAGUAUUGUUUUUAUAUUUGUUUAUAUCUGAAACGAAGAGCAAAUCUUCAUUACUGUCUACAACACGGUGCAUCAUGUGGAUCAGAUCAUUGGUUUUUGCAAAAGGAAAAAAAAAGUGCCUAACAGCAAUCAUGUCUCCUAAGAAACAAACAAAAAAGUCAUGUUCAUUUCUGUGGUUAUUUCUUUUUAAUUUCAAUGUAUUUUUAUCCCAGCUGGUGAAUCAGUCUCCAUGAUUUUAUUUUUCAUCUCAGCGCAGGAUCGAUUCUGAUUUUGUUUUUAUGCUGUUUGGCUUUGGAAAGUAAAAUUGUGUCUAUAUAAGUAAUAAAAUUACAACUGUUUCCAAAGAGAAAGGCUGUGCAAAGCUGGAUCUUGAGACGUAUAAUCCACUAAUUUACUAGCAAUGACUUUAAAUCUUUUGGAUUUUUUUUUUCUUUUAUAAAUUUCUCAGGGUCCCUUUUUAUUUGAGUUUUUUUUUGUUGUUGUUUUUGUUUUUUUUUAUUUAUUUUUAUUGGACAUUAUGGGUAAAUUUGUUACAGUUCCACAACUGGAUCAUAUUUAUGGCAGGAAUUCAUGUGUAUUGCACAAGUCUUUGUCUCAAGCUUCCUCUGAAUUGACUUUCAGAUGCAAAUCACAAGAUUAAUGACAUGUUUUAAAAAAACGUGUUUCCUCAGAAAGUUGACCAUAACAUGCACACACAACAUGUCUGAGUGAUUUUACCUGAUUUCUUAUCUUGGAGUGUAGUAAUUAAAUGUCUCUCAUGGGGUUAAACCAUUAAAGAGGUAAUUGGGGGGGGGGGGGGGGUCAGACAAGAUACAAGAAUCGUAAAACAAAUCAAUGUCCACACUACACGAGAGGUGACAUCGUAGAAAGUUCAGAUAAAAGUAUUUAUUUAUUUAUGUUAGUUACGUUUAGACAGAAGAUCAAUUCUGUUAUACCAAGACUCCUUUUAAUUGUAUUUUUUUUUUUUUUUAAAUCUAUUUUAUCUUCAGUUUAUGGUUGUUGUCUUUGAACCUUGUGCUUCCGUUGACGUCACCCAAUUGUUUCUUCUUUUUCUCUUUUAUUUAUUUUUUUCUCGUUCCUUCAAUUGUGUGCUAAAAAAAAAAAUUCUGCCAACAUUUAAACCGAACCUAACAUUGGGCAGCAGACCAGGCUACUAAUAAGCAUAUGAUUUUAUUUUAUUUUUUCUUUCUACCCCUCAUUCAUGUCAGCUCAAAUUCUACACCGUGUUUCACACAUCUUCGGGGGGGAAAUCUGUUUGUGAUUUCUUCUGUGAACUUGAAAGUUAGAACUGAAACAUUUUUAGGAAGAUUAGAUCCUAAGAGCAAAUAGUCAGUGUGGGUUGUUUUUUUUUGUUUGUUUUUUUUUUUCCCCUCCGUACGUUAAAUUGAACCAUUUCUGUGUUGCACAUCUCACAUCAUUUGCCUCAAAGCACACACACCCCAACAAAUGAAUGUACGGUCAACCUUUUAUUUUUUUUUAAAACUAAACCUAAUUGUCUAUCGAUAUCCAGAUUGUAAUGUUGUUUUUUACCCCACCAGCAAAGACAACCAGUUCAAACUCACAAUUUUAUACAUUGCUAAAACUUUCUAACCUUUUUCCUCAUAGUCUAGGAAAUCAAAAUAUAGGUUAACCAAAAAGGAAAAAAAAAAAAACCCUAGCAUUUAAAAAUAAAUAAAUAAUAAAAUAAAUCCAUGUGCUAACAAAAGCUAGCAAGUACCAUAUGCAAUAUGCUUAGAAGAUUUCUCAGUCCUGAGCUGAAAACAAAGCUAGAGGUUUUUUUUUUUUUAAAGUUCCCACAGUAACAUGCUUUUCCUGAGCUUUGUGAUCUCGUGUAACUGAUGAUGAUGAUGAUGAUAACCGGUUCAGCAGACGUCUCUCUCUGAUACAGGAAUCGCCUCCCUAGAUCCAAAUGAGUGCCUUUUUACAUGUCAAACACUCAGUGUGUGUUUUUACUCAGAGGUGGCGAACACAGCAGAGCCACACAGAGUCGAGACCCGCAAUAAUUCACCUACUCUUGGUUUAGCUACACCUUUAGUCCAGCAGCUUCAUGAGAGACGGGUUUAAUCUAACCAACAAAAGAUUUGUACAUUUACACAAACAAUAAAAAAGGUUGCAGGAGAGAAUUGUAACUAUUGGCUGAAAUGUUUUUCAGGACUUUUUUUUUUGUCUCACCUGAAAUCGUUUUUAUCGGUGUUUUCUGAAAUAAUUCAAUUCAAACCUGGCCAUUUUUUGCAGCCUGCCUUUUUCAAUAAAAACAUUUCCCUUGCAAAUUAAUUAAUGACAACACACAUGUUACUUCUGACUACUGGCAGCUAUUUUUUUUAUUUGUUGUUUUUGUUCCAUCGUCAUUGUUGAUCAAGGUUAAGCUAUUUUUUUUUUUUUUACUUGUACUAGUAAUAUUUUGCACUAUAGGAAAUCUGCUAUGGAAUCAAGGCAUGCUUUGUGUGAAUUACAUUUAGCAUCACAAAUUGUUGGUUUCAUUUUUUUUAUUUUUUUUUUGGAAGGUCUCCGUUUUUUUCCAUAUUUGUUAAAGGAUGUGAUGUAAAUAAUCAGCAACGUUUUAAUAGAGCAGUUCUGUGUACAUUCUUAAUCAUGUGUAUAAAGACAUACAAUGGAAUGCAUAGACCUUUUUUCUGUAUUUUUUUAAAUAAAUCAUUUUACGAGUGCA